AUGGUUGUGAUGGAGGAAAUCGUGGGACGCGCUGACGGACGCCCGCGAGAAGAAAACUCUGACAAGAGGCAGCAGCCCACCACAUGUGGAGCAAUAUUGACACAGUUGAGCAAUGUUCUUUGCAAUGGGAGCGAAGAUCCUGCCAUCAACGGCAAAGGGAAGGAGGUAGUGGAGGAGGCAGCCAGGUUGGUGAGGGAGUUGAAGGUCAAACUGGGGGAGGUGAUGCUGGCCAAGGUGGAAGACGCGACCGUGGCGACACGCGCACAACGCCAACCCGAAGGAGUGAAAGAAGCCAAACUGUCAUCAUGGGCCAAGGUCGCAGGACAGGGAAUUCCAGAAAAACCAGUGCCUAACCGAACCCUCCGCGAGAUUACUGUCCUACGCCGGGACUGCGAAGCCCUCCCAGCUGAGGAGGCCACCCCCCCAGCGAUUGUGGCAGCCGUCAACGCCAGAAUUGUGGAUGUGACAAAGGGAAAGGUGCUUGCAGCAAGAUGUCUCCCCAGUGGAGACAUCAUCCUGACAACCGAUGCGAGGGAGACCAGGGAGGCCUUGACUAAGAGCAGCACAUGGCUGGAAGUCUUGGGACAAAAGGCGAAGGCAAAGCACACCCUGUACCCAGUCAUGGUUAAGGGAGUCCCAAUGGGCAACACCAACUGGAAGGAGGAACAGCAAGCCAUCAAGGCAAUUUACGCACAGAAUGAAGGACUCCGAAGAGGGGUACAAAUUGAGAGACUGUCUCUACGACGGAAUGCCAGCUUGCAGGCAAAGGUUGGGUCUCUUGUACUCAGCGUCACCUCGCCUCAGCAAGCCAACCUACUAGUAGACAAUGGAUUGAUAAUAGACAGCAUAUUUUGUGACGUUGAAAUCUUCCACCGGGAAGCGCAGGUCACCCGGUGCUUUAACUGCCAUGAGUAUGGGCAUACGGCCAGAUUCUGCAGGCAGGCCAAAAGGUGCGGGUUCUGCGCGGCAAAAGAACAUGACGACAAGGAAUGCCCAGCACGAAAAGCUGGGGAACAACCGAGCACCACAGAGCUCACAACCUGGGUCUCAGCUACAGGAGGACCUAAUGGACUACACGCAGACCCCAGCCCCCACGCAACAAUGAGGGACACACUAAACCUCCUACAAUAUAACGUGCACAACUCUGCGAGAGUUAUGGUCAAUGUGUAUGCACCUCCUCCAGGGGGCUACAGCAGUGAACCGGAGGAAUCCCCCAUAGGCCAGCUGCAGGAGGUAGCCGGAAUGGGCACAGAUGCAGAGCUGGUCAUAUUAGGAGAUCUUAAUGUCCACCAUGAGAGGUGGGGAGGGGUGAGAGUGGAGAGAAACUUCCGCAUGGCAUGGCAGCUAAUAGCACAGGUGGAUAGGCUGGGUCUCCAGCUUGCCACACCUGUAGGGGCUACCACAUGGCAGGACAGAGGCAGCCCAGGAACGACUAUAGACCUCACCUUUCUAUCACCACUCCUGCACGACAAGCUCAGGAGGUGUGCAAUAGCGGAGGAGGCAUGCAAAGGAUCUGACCAUAAGCCCAUAGAAACAACACUGGAACUCACACCCAUCCCAAAGGAGGCUGAGAGACGAAACUGGAAGAAUGCGGAGCCUGAGGAGGUAGCAAGGGACUGCCAAAAGCUAUAUGUGCCACAAAGCCUGGACUCCAGGCAAGCAGUCAAGGAGUAUGCAGACUACCUGGUAGGAUUUGUAGGGACAUUAGCGGACAAACACGCCACCGGCAAGGAAAGAAGCCAUUUGCCCCCACAGGCACCUACUGUCCCCCCCCUGAGAACAGGGGAAGGGGCUGACGCGACGGUAGAAACCUCUUUUGAGGGGAAGGCUGAGGCAUUACGACAACGGUUCUUCCCACAGCCAGAGCCCGCCGACUUAAGUGACACCAAUAUGGAGCUGCUGCAAGCUGAAAGGGAAGCGUCAAAUGACACCAUCAGUGUGGAGGACAUGGAAAGCCUGAUCCAGAGACUGCCAAACAGGAAGGCACCAGGGAGGAGUGGGAUCACCAACGAGUUCCUUAAGAUGCUGGGCAGAACAUUUGUGGAGGCCAUAACAGCUCUCACCAAUGCAUGCUGGCAUUGGGAGACUUACCCAGACACGUUUAAGGAAGCCAAGACAGUGGCCUUGCGCAAGCCAGGGAAGGCUGACUACCAGACUGCAGGAGCGUGGAGACCCAUUGCCUUGCUGGACACAAUAGGGAAGAUUGUGGAGGCAGCAACUGCAAAACGCCUGCGGAAGAUCGCGGAGGACCACAACCUGCUACCCUCACAGCAAAUGGGGGCAAGAAGGGGCAGGUCCACUGAAACAGCCAUAGCACAACUUCUAGCCCAGAUAAGGACAGUGUGGCAGCACCCAGGACAGGUGGCAUCGGUACUCUCCCUAGACAUGACAGGGGCCUAUGACAAGGUGCUGCGGGAGCGAAUGGUUCACAUCCUCCGGCGACUGGGCAUCCCCAGGGACCUGGUGGGAUGGGUUGCGUCCUUCAUGACCAACAGGAAAUCCACAAUUGCCUUUGAGGGCCAGGAAUCAGACACCUUUGACAUCCCAGCAGGCAUCCCGCAGGGGUCACCCCUAUCACCUAUACUAUUCCUAUUCUACAAUGAGGAACUGGUGCGCAUCUGCUCAAGACCGGGGCGCCCGGUGGUGUGCAUAGCCUUUGUGGACGAUGUCAACGUGAUGGCCUAUGGCCAGUCCACUGAGGACAACUGCAGGGAGCUCCUGCGCAUGCAUCGGGCAUGCGAGGAGUGGGCAGCACGGCACGGGGCGGUCUUUGCCCCCCAGAAGUAUGAGCUAAUGCACUUCACACGGGCGCGCAACCAAUUCAACCUACAGGCUGAGCUGAGACUACCAGGACAAACUAUACAACCGAAACAGGUGAUGAGGGUAUUGGGUGUAUGGUUAGACUCUAGGCUGAGAUGGAAGGGCCACCUGGACGCGGUGGCAGGCAAGAUGAAGACUCAAGUCAGAGCACUGUCCCAAACCACCCAAUCCACAUGGGGGCUCCCACUACAACAAGCGAGAAUGGUGUAUAACAUGGUCAUCAGGCCGGCCCUGACCUAUGGAGCAAUAGCAUGGCACCAGCCACAGGGGCAGGGGGGCACGGGUCCAGCUAAGUCAGGACUGGCCCUCAAGCUGACCACAGUGCAGAACUCCUGCCUCAGAAUAGUGGCAGGGGCAUACAAAAGAACCCCAACAAGCACACUGGAAGCGGAAACCCACACAGUACCCUUAGACAUCCACCUGGAUGGGCUAGUGGCAAAGGCGGUCAACAGGAUGAAGGCCUCAGGAAUGGCGCAACAAAUUGAGAAUGCGUGUGCAGCCAUAAGGACCAGGCUUCGGCACCGGGGGGUGACAAGGGGGGCACAGAGACACAUGGGAGCUGUGGUUCACCCGGCAGCCCUGCCAGUGGACUGGGAACAGCAAUGGAUUCAGGGUGCUAAGGAGAGAGCUACAGCAGAGAUGACACCGGAACAACGAGCCAACCUGGACCAAGCCUCAUAUAAUCACUGGCUGAAGCGCGAGCAGCUCUGGAGGUGGGUGCAGAGGUGGAAAAGACGUGAGCCCCCCUGGGGGGAGCGGCAUGGCCGGCCCCCAGACAAGAAAAUUCUGAAGUGGCACACCGGCCUGCGCAAGGCUCGCAGCACUAUCAUCAUCCAAUUGAGGUCAGGGAAAACCGGACUGGCAGCUUUCCUAAACCGGUGUAAGGUACCUGAAUUCCCCACCCCACGGUGCCCCUGUGGGUAUGAAUGGGACACAGUCGAACAUGUUCUGAUACACUGCGAACGCUGGGAGCAGCAGCGUCAGGGCCUUAUAAGAAAUGGCAGGCUAGACAAGAGGAUGCUGCUAGACACCAAGGAAGGCCUGCAUCUCCUGUCAAACUGGUGGAUGGAGAGCGGGAUUCUAGGCCAGUUCACAUUAGCACGCGAGCUGACACACUAUGUACCAUAA